AAUAUGAGAGACUAUAGACCAAGAUUGUGCAUGAGAAACUAAAAUAAGUUCAUUUUGAUCAUUCUUGUCUCUGUAGGUUUGUUUCUGCUUUGUUUCGACUGUAUGUUGGUUUGUCCUGUUGGUCUUUGUAGUGGAAAAGGGCAACAUUUAUGAAAGUAAUCAGGAAUAUAAUAUUCAAUAUAGUAUUAAAACUGACUUUUCACUAUUUGUUUUUCUAUUUAACUGUUAUUUAUCUUUUAAUCUAGUGACUACACUAGAGCAGAAGUGAUUGUUAUAAGAAAUGCUAAUUCAAUAAUGUGUUUAAUAUGGUAAUUGUUAGUAUGUGGAUGGACUGUACAUGCAGGUAUUUGUCAGGUGCUAGAGAAUGGUGCAAAGUUGCCCAGAAGGGCAGUACUUGGAUAUGCUGGUGCAGAAGUGUGUGCCCUGCAGCAUGGUCUGUCAUGAACCUGAUAUUCUCAAACGCUGCUCAGAAUACUGCGUGAGAUGGAGAUGCAAAGCUGUGUCCGGCCAGUUCUACGACACGCUGCUGAAGAAGUGUUUUAAGUGCUCAGAGCUGUGUGGCAGUCACCCAUCAGCAUGCUCAGAAGCCUGCAAGAGCACAGAUGCAGCGGCCGUGACGCAGAGGCCUAUUGGUGUGUCUCUGUUCACCACAAGAGGGCGCUCAGUUUCCCGAGCAGAGCUGUACUCUGAGGCGCUCCUGUACUCUAUGUUGGGCAUGUGCAUCGUUGUGCUCAUGUGUACACUCACUGCUGCCAUACUGGUCCUGCUGAAGAGAGCAAAGGGCCACCAGCAGCUGGAGGACACGAAGAACCAGCAACCAAACAAACAUGGACAGUCAUCUAAAGAUUCCCUGAUGGCUCGGGCUGAGGAUGUGUCUCAGGAGGGCAGUGUGAAUCAGGACAGGCCGAAGGCGACUGAGACAUGUGUUUAUUGCUUCUCUGGCCACACGAGGGCGCCACACAUGCUUUAUCAGCAGGCUGACCAGUGCCAGAACAGCAAUCGCCAUGAAAACGGGCUGGCCAAUCAUACAGUCAAUGCAAAUUAUGAUAAGACCAGAUCCUUCAGGAUUAUAUGUUCACCUACACAAACAAGCAUUUAAAUAAUAAUGUCAGGCAUUCAUACAUGAGCAUGUUUCUGCAUCAAUCAAUGACACUUGUUGGCUAUAGCCAUAGCAAACAUGUUCUGCACAUGUAA